AGCACAUGAACAUGCUAAUAUAAACAAACCUUUCCAUCUUCUUUCCAAAUCAACCCAAGAAACGCAUAAAUCUUUGUUUCUCUUGCUGUUGAAUUAUUUAUCUGAGUUUUGUGGCUGCAAUGACCGAUAUUGGUUCGAAACCGCGGUCUACUGAGCAGUGUCGCAUGCAUAUCCAUCGUUUAGCAAAUGUUUGUAAAUCAUGCAAAGCUUUUCUUACAAUGAAGCUCAAGAAAUCAUCCAGUCGUCAUAAGCUUGAUCAUGCCAUCAACAAGAAGCACAAAUCAGAGGACCUCAAAUCUCCCAAGCUCAAUAGUGACAAGAAUGAACAGAACAAUGGCACUGGUGCUCUCCGAGGAUUAAGUGGGAAUUUGUUCAACCAUAAGGGCCAUCAUGCCUCUCGUCGCUCCAGUUAUUCACAGCCACUGGGACGUGCAACAGAUACCAUGUCAGGGAAUCUGUCAUCUCUCCCGAAAAGCACGAGCCAGAACAUUUUUGGCAGGAAUAGUGUGGAUGGAAUACGGAGACAGCCAAGCCCACUCCCUAGAACUAUGAGCACCAAGAUUAUGUAUUCUAACUCCUCCGGGGUAAUCAAACCUCCAGUGGUUGAGAAGAAGCUUGCUUGCACUCUUGAGGAGAUAUGCUUCGGGUGUGUUAAGAAGGUUAAGAUCACAAGAGAUGUUGUCACAGACAACAGAGAAAUAGUGCAAGAAGACGAAGUGCUCACAAUAAACGUGAAGCCCGGGUGGAGAAAUGGCACAAAGAUUACUUUCGAGGGCAAGGGAAAUGAGGUACCAGGAGGUGAAACAGGAGACGUUGUAUUCUUGAUUGCAGAGAACAACCACCUUUUGUUCAGAAAAGAUGGCAAUGAUUUGGUAUUCGAAAUAGAGAUUCCCCUGGUAGAAGCGCUUACUGGUUGCAGACUUUCAGUGCCUCUAUUAGGCGGAGAGAAGACGAUGAUAACAAUGGAAGAUGUGAUAUAUCCCGGGUAUGAGAAGAUAGUAGCAGGGCAGGGAAUGCCAAAGGCCAAAGAACCUGGAGAAAGGGGUGACCUGAUAGUUAAAUUUGAAGUAGAGUUUCCUAGGCAACUUACAGAUGAACAAAGAUCAGAUGUUUAUAACAUUUUACACGACUCUUGUUGGUAAAUGUAGUCUCUUCUUUGUUUUUCUUUCAUUUUCUCAUUAGAAUCUCAAAUUACUCGCUAGAAUUCGAAAUGUGAGAGGAAUUUCAUUGUUUUUCAUAGAAGUGUUUGGGGCCUAAACU